GAAAAUAACAGAACACCACUAGCUGUCACCUUCAGCCCCCAACUAAAACCUCUCCAGCGCAUCAUCAGAGAUCUACAACCUAUCCUGAAAGAUGAUCCUUUACUCUCACAGAUCUUGGGAGACAGACCUGUCCUCGCUUACAGACAAGCCCCCAACCUAAAGCAAAUACUCACCAGCAACCACACAUCACUGAACAAAACCACUAACCCAGGAACCUAUCCUUGUAACAAACCCCGAUGCCAACUCUGUCCACAUAUCUAUUCAAGUGACAUCAUCAUAGGACCUAAUCACAUCAGCCAUACCAUCAGGGGCUCGUUCACCUGCACAUCUACCAAUGUGAUAUAUGCCAUCAUGUGCCAGCAAUGCCCCUCUGCCAUGUACAUUGGCCAAACCGGACAGUCUCUACGCAAAAGAAUUAAUGGACACAAAUUUGACAUCAGGAAUCAAAAUACUCAAAAACCAGUGGGAGAACACUUUAACCUGUCUGCUCAUUCAGUGACAGACCUGCGGGUGGCUAUAUUACAACAGAAAAACGUCAAAAACAGACUCCAAAGAGAGACUGCAGAGCUAGAAUUGAUAUGCAAACUAGACACAAUCAACUCCGGUUUGAAUAAGGACUGGGAAUGGCUGAGCCAUUACAAACGUUGACUCUAUCUCCCCUUAUGGAAUGGCUCUCUUCUGUAUACAACACAGGUAAAUCAGGAUCCAAAAUCCAGAGCACACCGACCAAGGCAGGCGGGGAUCGCUAUAUUCCCAACCGCAGUGCCAUGCAGAUGGAGGUCGCUAGCUUCCUCUUGACCAAAGAGAAUGAUUCUUCUGAGGAUACACCUACCAAGAAGGAGCAACAGAAGGCUUGGGCGCUGAAUCUGAAUGGGUUUGAUGUGGAAGAAGCAAAGAUCCUCCGGCUUAGUGGGAAGCCUCAAAAUGCCCCAGAAGGUUACCAGAAUAACCUGAAAGUGCUCUACAGCCAGAAAACAACACCUGGGUCCAGCAGGAAGAAUGGCAGAUAUAUUCCCUCCAUGCCAGACCGGAUCCUGGAUGCGCCAGAGAUCCGUAACGACUACUAUCUGAACCUCAUUGACUGGAGUUCCCAGAACUUCCUGGCUGUGGCUCUGGACAACUCUGUGUAUCUGUGGAAUUACUCCUCUGGCGAGAUCAUCCAGCUGCUGCAGAUGGAGCAGCCAGAUGACUACAUCUCAUCAGUGUCCUGGAUCAAAGAAGGAAACUACCUUGCUGUUGGCACCAGCAAUGCUGAGGUCCAGCUGUGGGACAUACAGCAACAGAAACGGCUCCGAAAUAUGACCAGCCAUUCUUCCCGUGUAGGGUCACUGAGCUGGAACAGCUACAUCCUCUCCAGUGGGGCGAGGACCGGUCAUAUCCAUCACCAUGAUGUCCGGGUUGCUGAGCACCACGUGGCCACGCUUGCUGGCCACACGCAGGAGGUGUGUGGGCUCAAGUGGUCGCCCGAUGGUCGCUACCUGGCCAGUGGAGGCAAUGACAACCUGGUGAAUGUCUGGCCGUGUGCCCAAGGGGACAGUGGUGACUUUGCUCCUGUGCAGACCUUCACUCAGCAUCAGGGUGCUGUCAAGGCUGUGGCCUGGUGCCCAUGGCAGUCAAAUGUCCUGGCCACAGGUGGUGGGACAAGUGACAGACACAUCAGGAUCUGGAAUGUGUGUUCAGGCACCUGCCUCAACGCGGUAGAUGCCCACUCCCAGGUGUGUUCCAUCCUGUGGUCAACAAACUACAAGGAGUUCAUUUCUGGUCAUGGCUUUGCACAUAAUCAGCUGGUGGUGUGGAAAUACCCUACCAUGGCCAAGGUCACAGAGUUGAAAGGUCACACAGCCAGAGUCCUGAACCUGACCAUGAGCCCAGAUGGCUCAAUAGUGGCAUCUGCAGCCGCUGAUGAAACAUUGCGGCUUUGGCGCUGCUUUGAGAUGGAUCCGGUGAAGAAGAAGGAGAAGGCAAGCGGUGCCAAGAGCAGCAUCAUUCACCAGGGCAUCCGGUGAGCCUGCGAGAUGCCACUGGCAAGAGAGAUGUGGCUACACUCUGUACAGUAUUUUAAAUGUCAAUAAAUACCUUAGUCUGCUUUUA